AUGUCGAAUUUAAUCAUACAAUUGCUAGCUUUCGAUAAAUUUAACGGUGAAGGAUAUUCAAACUGGAAAUCCAACAUCAAUACAAUGUUAGUUGUGGAUGAUUUGAGGUUUGUGUUGAAGGAGGAAUGUCCUCCGAUUUCCAGUACAACGGCGAAUCAAAAUGUUCGGGACAUUUAUGAUAGGUGGGUAAGGGCUAAUAAGAAAGCUCAGGCCUACAUCUUAGCAACUAUAUCUGAUGUACUUAAUAAGAAAUAUGAGGUUAUGCCCACCGCCCAUGAGAUAAUGGCAUUGCUUCAGGAGAUGUUCGGUCAACCAUCAUCCUCUGUUCGACAUGAAGCCAUUAAGGUCGCUGUAGAUAUUGCAUGA